AUGAACGUUGCGGCUGUUCAAGAGGAACGAGGACCGAGAAGACCAAAGAAAUUAACUGGAAAUCUACCGAGUGAGAAGAGGCGCAACACCACAAAAAUAAAUCACCAGCAAUUACCGCCCUUCCCAUCAUCACCGCUUGAGCAACAAAUAACCCUCCACUACCAAAUCAUGGUACAGAUACUGAUUGCGUGCAUCAAACAGGCACGUUGCAAUGAGGAUUUUCGGCAUCUGGACAGCCACCUCCAAAGCUCCAUUCUACAGGUUGUGUGGCCAGAGUGUUUCAUCCUGCGGGCAUCACAUUGGUCAAUUGACAUUCGAUCCAUCAUUGAGAGUUGCCACGAUCUCAAAGUUGCCGUUGAUAGUUUCAACGUGAAAGCUGACCUCGUUGAGCUAAAUCUGCUGGAAACCCUCAUUCUCUGCCGCAGGGAAUUCAGCACAAACAACGAGGAAACAUUGCAACUGGAGCUUAUAUCCGACAGAGCUCUAUUGGCCCUCGGUCGAUACACCAUACAGAAGGAGGGUCAGUGGCAGCGAUUUGGCAAAUUGAUCAUCUGCCUUCGAGGACUGGCAUUCUACACAAAUGGCCUCAAGAGUAUCUUUAGGCACAUCAUUGGGGAUAUAAUCGAAGAGGGACGGAGCUUACAGAGAGCCGAAACAGUUGCGUGA